AUGCAGUGCCUCCUGCUCACCCUGGGUGCGGCCCUGGUCUGUGGCGUCCGGGCCAUCGACAUCCCCCAGACCAUGCAGGACGUGGAGCUCCCAAAGUUGGCAGGGACUUGGCACUCCAUGGCCAUGGCGGCCAGCGACUUCUCCCUCCUGGAGACGAAGGAGGCCCCUCUGAGGAUCUACAUCAGCUCGCUGCAGCCCACCCCCGAGGGCAACCUGGAGAUCGCCCUGCGCAAACGGUCACAGAAUCAAAGCCCUUUCAGGGAGAGCAACCAAUACGCCAACGGACUGGAAGCUCCCGGGGGACGAGGUGCCAAACACAAGAGGGUGUUCACAGGCGGCACUCGUGACACGGCUGCUCUACAGGAACUGCCAGCCUGGCGCGCUGUGGGCUCUGCCCUGUGUACCUGCCUGCCACCCUCAGAACAAUCCUCGCCAUGUGGUUACCGUUGGGCUUGA